CCUGCUGACAAGAACAUGAAGCAGGUGGAUAUUAUAAAUAAGGACGAGUUAGAUAAAGAAAGAUUUCAGGUGCAUUACGGAGUACGCAGUCCGAGCGCAGCAAAGCGAUUGUCGUCUUGCAAGAGGAAGGGUUGUCCGCAGGUGGAGGUGGGCGCGAAGCUGCACCGUAGAGCGUCAGAUGUAGGCUGUGCCCGUGACCCCGGCAUGGCCAACAAAGAAAAUGAGCUGACGUGCUCCGAUGACGUGCGGGGCAUUCACUACAAUGACAACUGUGGGCUCCCUGUGAACUCUGCAGAGGCCUCCAAGAUGGCAGGGGCCAGCUCCAAGUACAGCGACUUUGCCGAGCUGUCGAAGGACCACGAAGCUAUGACUCACAUCCUUUUUGGAAGGAAUCUACGACUUCAAGUGGCUCAAACACUAUGGCGAAGAAACGCCAGUGAAUUAGUGGCCUAUCUCAUAAGAUUUCAAGACACAGGGGUGCUGCUUGACUGCUUACCUGUCUUAACUAAAGAUCUUCAAACUGAAGCACCAUGUUUGUCACUUGGCUGCUGUGUUGACCUCCUGCCCCAAGUCAAAGUGAUUCUUGCCAGUAAAUACGAAGCGUAAGUGGCUCUGUGGGUUUCAUACAUGUUUAAUGAUCCCCCUCUCUCUCUCUCUCUCUCUCGUUUGCAUGUUUACUGCAGGAAUAUUGACGUCAUGAAGCAGCGGCUGAAGGACUUGUGGAAGGACGGAGCCCGACUAUGUUUGGUUCCAGGAUCAACAGGAGAGCUGGCAAAGGCCAUCGAGGCGUAUCUGUCACAGCUGCCCUGACACUCGUCAGUGCAGCGCUCUGAGGAUGUGACCACUACUGCCGGAUCAUGGCUGUGUUUCAAACUGAUAGCGACGCCAGAGAAAAGGACUGGUUCAUUCUGCCACGUCAACUCAAACCUCUUACUGGGACUGAACUUGAUCAUUCAGAUGACUCCCUCGGUGAGAGCUGGAGAUUCUUAAGGAGGGCUCUGAGAGCCGUUCUGCAAAAAGAGAGAAACGUAAAAUGACUGCUUCACAUUGAAGUGGAUCGUCUUGUGAAGGGGCAUGUUUAGUGGACCUUAAUGAGACCCGGUGUUACGUCGCUCUAUGAAGUGCCAAGCUCUUUGUCUCUCACUACACCACUCUUUGCCAUGGAAUGCAAAUGCACUUGUGGAUGUAAUGCACCGCUCUUGUUGUUUUGAGCCUGGGUUCUCCGGAAUCAGGAACUUGAAUCUGCUACAGUCUUAAGUUAUUAGAGCUCGUUUUCAUUUUGCCUCUUCCUAUGACAUUUGACUGUGUAUUGUAAACUGUAAAAACAAAUGAUUCUUUUAAUCUUCUUUUAAAUAAAUUUGAUAAAAAUCAAAACUA